AUGGGUCAGUCAUCGCAGUUUACUUGGCGCACCCCCGCGUCCCUGAUCUUAGGCUUCCUUUCCAUCACCUCCGCGAUAAAUCCUUCAUACAUCCCCGAAGUAAUUUUCUCAGAAUCUCAAGUAACCUACCGGGGAAUCAUCUCAAGCAAAGUCGAACACUUUCACAAUGUUAAAUACGCUGCGGAUACAUCCGGACCUAACCGUUUCGCGCCUCCAAAACCAUUUACACCCCCUCCUGGUACCAUCAUAGAUGCUUCCUUACCCGGUCCAGCAUGUCCUCAAAUCAAAGAUCCUAUGCCGCCUUUCUUCUCUGCAGUUGAAGAGAUCAGCGAAGAUUGUUUACACCUCCGCAUUGCUCGACCAAGUGGAUUAGAUAUAGACUCAAAAAGCAAUCUCCCAGUUGUUGUAUACAACGCCGAGGGAGGAGCCAUCAAAGGUUCCAACCACGAUGACCACAUCUCCCCCGACAAACUAAUCUCACUGUCCGUCAACGACGGAAAUCCUAUAAUCUUUGUAGCUCUGAAUUCUCGCCUCAGUAUCUUCGGAUUCCCCCAACUACCUAUAUUAAAAGAUGAGAAGUCUCUCAAUCUUGGUAUGCGAUACCAACGUGCGGCGUUUGAAUGGGUAAGAGAUCAUAUCGAAGAGUUCGGCGGCGAUCCAAAUCGUAUCACAGCGUAUGGUUUGAGUGCUGGUGGUACUAUGACCUCGCUUCAGAUAAUGGCAUUUGGUGGCCAGAAAGGUGUACCUUUUCAGCAAGCAUGGGUCAUGUCUGAACCACCUGGCACCUCUCUAAAUCUGACUAGUGAUGUAACUGAACAUCAUACUAGAGCUGUGGCAGAUAAAGUCAGGUGCGGAGGACUUGUGGAUUCGAAAUUUUUUUCAUGCUUGCGGGAUAUCCCUAUGCAAGAUCUGAUUGAUUCUGCGAUGGAGUAUUCCACGUCAAAUCAUCCGCCUUCCGGUCUCUUUACCUUUAUUCCUUCGGUUGAUGAUGGGUUUCUACCUGAUCGACACUCAACUUUGAUGCGCGAGGGUAGAUUUGUAAAAGGCAUUGACAUGAUAUUUAGAUGGACUCAAGACGAUGGUGCCAUGAACGUUGGUCCUGGACAUCUCAUACAAUCCGAGGAAGAUAUGAUAACCUCUAUUAAAUCAUUCGUGCAUGCCAUGAAUGCAGAAUAA